UAAUUUUGUGGCGAGUGAACGUUACAAGACAUAUUGAACCUGCUAUAAUAUGAUCGCCCACGAUUCUUAUAAAUCCAUACCGGAUUUCUAUGCUGGAAAAACAGUCUUCGUUACAGGAGGAACAGGAUUCCUAGGGAAGGUCCUAGUCGAGAAGUUGGUAUACAGCUGUCCCGCAUUGAAUAAAAUUUACGUAUUGAUACGAGAAACAUCCAAGCAGAAUGUUUUACAAAAAUUAAAACAACUUCUUGAUAGUCCGAUUUUUACUCGACUGAAGAAUGAAAGACCGGAAGAUUUGAAUAAAAUUGUGCCUAUUGCUGGAGACUUAUGCAAACCGAACCUUGAUCUGGAGCCUAGUGAUGAAGAAAAACUAAUCGAUGAGGUGUCGGUUGUAAUUCAUUCAGGUGCCACAGUCAAGUUUAACGAUGCACUUGAAUAUGCAAUGAAAAUCAACUAUCAAGGAACCGAACAGGUCAUGCGUUUGUGUCGUAAAAUAAAGAAUAUAAAGGUCUUUGUGUAUAUAUCGACAGCAUAUGCUCACACACAGUUAGAUAUUAUAGAAGAGGUUAUCUACCCUCCACCCGCAAGAGUAGCGGAAGUAUACGAAACUAUCAAACGACACGGAAACAACGAGAAGAAUAUCAGUAAAAUACUCAAUGGUCAACCAAACACAUACGCUUUCACGAAAGCACUCGCCGAGAACCUUGUGGCUGAAAACCACGGCGACAUUCCUACUGUAGUCAUAAGACCUUCCAUCAUAACAGCAGGAAUUACAGAACCCCUUGAAGGAUGGGUUGACACUUGGAAUGGAGCCACAGGAAUACUGCAUUUGAUGGGGAAUGCUUUAUGCCGUGUGCUACCUGGCAAUAAGCAUAGCAUACUGGAUUUGAUCCCAGUAGAUUUUGUUUGUAAUCUCACAUUAGUAGCUGCUGCUAAAUGUAACAGUUCCAAAAAAGUAACAAUUCUAAAUAGCUGUUCUGGUUCCUGCAAUCCAAUUACAUUAAAACAAUUCUGUUCGCUCUACUGUAAUGUCGCUGUAAAACGAAAGACCAAUGUUUUCCCAUUUCCGUACCUAAUAUUAUUCAACCCGCACAUCUGGAUGCUGAAGGUUAUGAGCUAUUUUCUAAUGACUAUGGCUGGACUCGCAGAUUUCGUGAUGCGAAUCUUCGGCAAGCAGACAAUGCUCUUCAGAACACAAUCCAAGUUGUACUCUAUUGUGAAGUCAUUACGUUACUUCUUAAUUAAGUCGUGGUUGUUUAAAUGUGAGCGAGUGUGCGCCCUUAAUGCAGAGCUGAGUGACCUGGACCGCGCCGUCUUCAACUGCGACCCCUCCACUAUACAUUGGGAGCAAUACGCACAAAUAUACUUCGAUGGUGUCACGAAAUUUUUACUGGAAAAACCGAAGAACCUAAGAACAGAUGCGUCGAACAAUUAAAAGCUUUUUGUUUUCUUGUGAACAGAAAAAAAAAACUGCCUUUUAAUGGCACGCAAUGUAUCGUUGGUGACAACGUUUUACAUUGCCGCUUCAACCAUUCCAAAAUUAUUCCCUGUCGUACAUAAAUAAAAAUAGUAUUUAUAAUAUAACAAUAACUUCACACAACGUGAUCAGCAAUGUUCAGCGCACAAACGAUGGAAUCCACAAAUUGACUCGCGGAAUGAGUGAUAGGAGUUCCCAUUUUAUUUAUAUUAUUGUAUAGAUGGGUGCUCACAGCCGACCUGGUGUUAAAUGGUUACCGGAGCCCAUAGACAUCUACAACGUAAAUGCCGCCACCCACCUUGAGAUAAAAGUUCUAAGGUCUGAGUAUGGUUACAACGGCUGCCCCGGAUUUGAUAAUUAGAAGAAUAUUUAUACAAUACUAGCUGACCCGGUAGACUUCGUAGUGCCUCAAUCGAUAAAUAAACCUAAAUUUUUGUAUAAAAUAAACAUAAAACAA